AAGACUUUACACAUUCAAGCAUAAUUCUACAGGAAACCCGUCCAAACAACCAAACAAUAAGAUGGCAAACAUCGAGUCAGUCUCUCCAUCCGUCUACGAAGAGGUCUACGAAAUCGCGGAACAGUUCGUCAAAGGGCUGUACAGCAGCAACUCCAAAAACGUCGCACCCCUCUUCCACCCCAAGGCAGUCGUCUUUGGUGAUCUGGGUGGAAACGAAUAUCUGAAUGGCUCUCUGUUGAAGAAAUUCGAGCUCGUGGAUGCAGGGCUCCCUCCCAACAUGACAGCUCAGUUUACCAUCAUUGGACUCACGAACACGACUGCCGUUAUCAAGGUUGAGAAGGGCACAGGAAGAGGGUUUGAUGGAUCAGACUUUGUGACUAUGAUCAGGAAGGAUGGGAAAUGGUUGAUUGUAUCCAAGGUUUUUGACGGUUAUAGCGGUUGGUUUACAGGUCCUCCUAAAGCGGCAUUAUGUGGAUCGUGCUACGGAGGCUGCCGGGCAUGAGCCUUGUUGCAGUGGGAAUGUCUAAAAAGGUGCUUAGUAUGAUUGAGGUGAUGCCGUAGUGGUAUUUGCAGCUGUCCUGUUUUUCAAGUGCUAUGCAACUAGCUGAAGAAUGAGUUGGUCGAGAGUGAUAAUGAAUUAGCCUAUGCUCAUUUCUAUGACCCAAAGAUUG